AUGGCGCAGAACGGCAUUGCCUUGGAUACCCUGCAGCAAAAACCUGCCAUUGCUCCGCCCGUCUUUGUGUUUCAGAAGGAUAAAGGACAAAAGUCCUCUGCAGAGCAAAAAGACUUGUCGGAUUCGGGAGAGGAGCCUCGGGGGGAGGCUGAGGCCCCCCACCAUGGCACGGGUCACCCCGAGUCAGCUGGUGAGCAUGCCCUAGAGCCUCCUGCCCCCGCUAGCGCUUCAGCCAGCACUCCUGAAGCCCAGCUUCUUCCUUUCCCGCGAGAACUGGCAGGGAGGCCAGCCGGAGGCGCCAGCCCCGAAGGUGGAGAAGAUUCCGACCGAGAAGAUGGAAACUACUGCCCUCCUGUCAAGCGAGAAAGAACGUCCUCUUUAACCCAGUUCCCACCAUCACAGUCAGUAUCAAAAAACAAUGUUUUUAUGCCAUCAACCUUCUGCGAGCCAUCUGCAGGCAAUUCUGACUCAGAACCAGAGGAAAAGAGCAGUGGGUUCCGGUUGAAGCCACCAACGCUGAUCCACGGCCAGGCACCCAGCGCAGGUCUGCCGAGCCAGAAACCCAAGGAGCAACAGCGGAGUGUGCUUCGCCCGGCAGUGUUGCAGGCCCCGCAGCCAAAGGCACUGUCACAGACCGGGUUAACAUUAGGAACCGUCGCUGCCACCUGCCGCCACUUGGAAACGCGGGGGCCGGGGCAGCAGCCCAGUAAGUCUCCUGCAAGUCUGCUGCGAGCCCGGGGGACGCUGAGGCGGCCCGGACGCCCAGGGACCCCGCCAGAGAAGACAGACAAAGACCCCCAGAAGAAUGAGCCUAGCGGUACCGGGGAGGACUGUGAGAAAGCAGAGCGGGCUGUACAGCAGGCGUUUGUGUUCGGACAGAACCUGAGGGACAGAGUCAAGUUAAUACACGAGAACACUGAAGUGGCUGACAUGGAGAAUGCCGGACAUCCCAGUUCAGAAACGCCGACUGCGACCAACUAUUUCCUUCAGUAUAUCAGCUCCAGUUUAGACAACUCGACCAACAGUGCCGACACCGCCAGCAACAAAUUCGUGUUUGGCCAGAACAUGAGCGAGCGCGUGCUGAUCCAGUGUAAGCUGUUUGUCUUUGACAAGGCCUCACAGUCGUGGGUGGAAAGAGGCCGGGGGCUGCUCAGACUCAACGACAUGGCGUCAACUGACGAUGGGACACUACAGUCCCGACUAGUGAUGCGGACCCAGGGCAGCUUGCGGCUGAUCCUCAACACCAAGCUGUGGGCCCAGAUGCAGAUUGACAAGGCCAGUGAAAAGAGCAUACGCAUCACAGCCAUGGACACCGAGGACCAGGGCGUGAAGGUUUUCCUGAUCUCAGCCAGUUCCAAGGACACGGGCCAGCUGUAUGCAGCCCUGCACCACCGCAUCCUGGCCCUGCGCAGCCGCGUGGAGCAGGAGCAGGAAGCCAAGAUGCCUGCCCCCGAACCCGGGGCAGCCCCAUCCAACGAGGACGACAGUGACGAGGACGUCCUGGCUCCAUCAGGGGCCACCGGAGGCGGUGCUGGCGAUGAAGGGGACGGGCAGACAGCCGGGAGCACAUAGCGCCGGGAGCCGGCUGCCCGCGAGCCUGCUGCUUUGUCCGUCUGUCC